UGCCGAAGUGCGACAGAAAGCAAAAAUUGCUAGUAAAAAGGUACAAGUUGAGAAAGAACGCAAGAACGCCGCGAAUGCCGCGCGAAAUCAGCAAUUACGCGUUCAAAUGUUAAGAUCGGCUGUGUUUACUGCUGCUCGCAGCAAAGAUACCGAAAAAGUGAAGAAAGGCGUGUGGGAAGAUAAUGUCGAUCCUUCUGGCGGCGAGAUCAAGGCAGGAUGCGAAGAGUUUGUGCACGUGCAUCCCAAAGAUCCUCAAGAAACUUUGUUACACAUUGCUGCCUUCAAUGGGGAUGCUGAUAUGGUGGAAUGGCUUGACGCACAUAGCGCUGACUGUGAAGAACGCAACUCGUCACGAUUCACAGCCUUCCACAUUGCACUGCAGCAUGGAUGUAUCCCGGUUCUGAACUACUUUUUCAAGGUUUAUGAUCCGAAGUCAGAUGACUAUACAUCUAUAUAUGCCACUCCAUCUUCUAAACCAGUGCUUUUCAUUGCUCUGGAUUCGGCUGAACCGGAAGUAAUUUGGAUGAUUCUCAACAACGGUUUGGCCAGUACGCAGGACAUUGGUAAUGCUUGGGCUUGGGUAUCCUCCAGCGAAGGGGAGCAAUCUUUGCUGAAAAAACUUGGGACUCAACGCGAUGACAUUUUGGGAGAAAUCAGGAAUCUGCUAAUGACAUAUGUUCUCGCCAGAACGGAUCAUCUUUACCUAUGAAGGAUGCUCCUCCAAAGCAGAAGCAAAAUCAGAAUAAUCAGCGGCGGUACAAAAAGGAACCCCGCCAGCAGGGACCCCAGUCAAAACCCCCUAAUCAACCUGCUACAUCUACUAUACCACCUUUUCCUCCACCCACUGGCAAUGGUGCUCCGGUAGGCGCAAAUUCAAAAUCCUCCUUUAAUUCCGAUCGGGGACGCGGCCGCGGUCGUGGUCGUGGUCGCGGUCGAGGAAGAGGUGGACCUGUAUCAUCAUAAACAUAUACCCUCGCAAGCCACUCAAAAUCAUUCCAUCGUUCGAAUCCUACGCUCCGAAGCUCAUCUCUUCGGCUUGUGUUUGCAUACUCCCUCGGCACCUUUAUGAAUUAUUCCCAAUGAAUACCGCAGCGUCAAAAUUGAUCAUGUCUCAUCACCAUACAUAGCAAUAUUUCCACAGUUUUUUGAACUCGAUGUUUAUCAUAUGCACAGUACACUGUAUCAAAAAAAAAUAGUGUCAGAUCCUAAUGAACU